AUGGAAAAUGUGACGCAAACAGCCAAUCUUACAAGAAACGGAACCAACCGCACUGACCUCAUUGACUCCAAUACUAAUGUUGUGUCACAACCUGUCAAGUCUUCUGAAGGAAAGUUGCACUUUGGGAUUAUUAAUGAAUCUUGUAUUAUAAACUUAAGACAUACGACGUGCCCUGGGGGUAUUACGAUGUCUUUUUGGCUGAGAUUAUUUAAGACCAGACCAACAGAACCUGUGAAGAUUUUGGGAUUCGGCCAGCCGCAUGAAAAUAAAAAUGGUUUUCUGGUUAUGGAAAGAGAAGAUGACCUUGUCAUUCGAAUGAUCACUUACAAAUACCGUUGCGAAAUAGAACUAGAUGUGGUCGAUGGUGCUUGGACACAUAUAACUUUCUCGUUUCGUAUUCCUCGUCUCCUGAAGGGUUACCGAAAUGGUGAACAAAAUGUAACCAAUAAUGUAUGUGUUGUCGGGCCCAAUGCUAUCGAGUUUGAUCAGCCAUUAACAAGCGGAGCAGCCAAGGCUACUUUUGACGAAGUAAUGAUCUGGUUUCACCAGCUCCAGAGAGAUGAAAUCUUUGGCUUGGUUGAAAACAAUAUAGGAAAGCCAUCUCGGUUUUGGAUAAAUGUGGAAUUCAAGUUUCCAGGCAAGAAUUGGAGCGAGUUCAUUAAGUCAAAGGAUGCAGAGAAUCGAGACAUCGAGGAACAGGUCGGAAAAAUGUUUGAAAAUGAUCCGAAAUACGGCUUUUCCUCCGUUUAUUCCGCAAGGUCCGGAAGUGUCAUUGUAAAUGUCAACAUGUCGUUCUACUCUGUUGGAACUGACAACGUCAUUAACCUUAUUGAAGCCUUAUCUCCAAACUCCUCAUUAUUUCGAGAAGAUUUCGAAGUGACUUCUGUUGAAUCGCUACACAUACCAACUAGGGCUCCCACAAACGUAACUGCUACUUCUUGUGAAUCGGAUUCUCUUUGUCUCCUGGUUUCGUGGACAAGUCUGCCAGAGUCUUAUGUGGACAGUUUGAAUGGAGUUUUCCAGGGAUACGCGAUACUGUAUUGUGAAGAAGGCGAACCAUUUGCUGAACAGUACGUACCGCCUCAGAAUAAAGAAAGAUACGAAGCUGAGAUAAAGAACCUCAAGGGGGUCACUAAAUAUAUUAUUCGAGUAUCGGUGGUUACCUUGUCUUGUGCGGGCCUUCCAAGUUCCCCUAUCACUGCCUUUAGUGGGGAGAGCGCUCCCAGUGCUCCUCCACCCAACCUCAGAGUGACAGACCUAAACUCCACCUGCUGCGAAGUCACAUGGGACCCAAUCCCUUCGGAGCAUAUUAAUGCAGCCACGCUUCUUGGUUAUGAGGUAUUCUGGGAAAAGGGCACUAACUCUACGAUCAAUGUGACCAGGACAGCCCAAACAACAGUUUGGUUGACAGAUUUGGAAGAAGACACCGAGUACAGUGUCACCAUCAGCGCUUUUAAUCGAAUUGGCAGUGGACCAAACAGCUCGUUGUUUACUUUUAGAACAGACAAAGGUCCCAGAGCUCCUAGUGCUCCUCCAACGAACCUCAGAGUCACCAACUUAAGUUCCACUUACUCCGAAGUAACAUGGGACCCAAUCCCUUCGCAGCACAUUAACGCGGCCACACUACUUGGUUAUGAGGUAUUCUGGUUAAAAGUCCUUAACUCUACAGUCAAUGUGACCAGGACAGCACAAACAGCAGUUUGGUUGACAGAUUUGGAAGAAGACACCGAGUACAAUGUCUCCAUCAGUGCUUUUAAUCGAAUUGGCAGUGGACCAAACAGCUCGUUGUUUACUUUCAGAACAGACAAAGGUCCCAGAGCUCCUAGUGCUCCUCCAACGAACCUCAGAGUCACCAUUCUGGGUUCUACUUUCUCUGAAGUCACAUGGGACCCAAUCCCUUCGCAGCACAUUAACGCGGCCACACUUCUCGGUUAUGAGGUAUUCUGGGUAAAAGUCCUUGACUCUACAGUCAAUGUGACCAGGACAGCACUAACAACAGUUUGGUUGACAGAUUUGGAGGAAGAUACCGAGUACAAUGUCACCAUCAGUGCUUUUAAUCAAAUGGGCAGUGGACCAAACAGCUCGUUGUUUACUCUCAGGACAGACAAAGGUCCCAGAGCUCCUAGUGCUCCUCCAACGAACCUCAGAGUCACCAACCUGGGUUCUACUUUCUCUGAAGUCACAUGGGACCCAAUCCCUUCGCAGCACAUUAACGCGGCCACACUUCUUGGUUAUGAGGUAUUCUGGGAAAAAGUCUCUAACCCUACAGUCAAUGUGACUAGGACAGCACAAACAACGGUUUGGUUGACAGAUUUGGAGGAAGAUACCGACUACAAUGUUAUCAUCAAUGCUUUUAAUCAAAUUGGCGGUGGACCAAACAGCUCAUUGUUUACCUUCAGGACAGAAAAAGCUGCAGACAACAGCACGACCUCUCAUGCUGGAAACUCAACCAUCAAUGGUACAUUAAUCAACAGCACCAAUCACAAUAGUCUCAAUAGCUCUCACGUACAAAACCAUAACACAACGAUAAACCAAGCUUCAGUUAACAGCACCAUAGUCUUUAAUAACUCUACAGUAAGUGGAUCGAAUGUAUCGAGUGGUCAAAGUGUGAUAAAUAACGGUGUUGCAAACGCUACGUUGUCAAGUUCGACGACCAGCUCAUCAACAGUAAAACAAGAAGUUCCUAAGGAUACACCUGAGAACGUAAACGCUAAAAAUUACACAAGUAUUAACUCACUUUUGGUCACGUGGGAUUCAAUACCCUCAGCUUCACGCAACGGAGUUAUCCUUGGUUAUAAAGUUUUCUACAGACCCGUGCUCGUGUCACGUGAGCAACCAACUGUCACCAGCUCAUUCAUGGUGAUAGUCGGUGCAUCAGACCAACAGGCCUUACUGACCAGAUUAGACAGCUUCACUGUAUACGAGAUUGAGGUGCUGGGGUUCAAUGUGGUUGGAGACGGGCCUAGAAGCACUCCCAUAAAUGCAGAAACAUGCAGAUGCCCCAGCUCGUUCAGCACAAACUGGUGGCACAAUCCUCCUUAUAUGAUUCGCGAUUCCCAAUCAGAAGCCAUAUUUCCAUUCAUAAUAAAAAACAUGGUGUCGACCUGCUGUCAGCCGUGUCAAACCCACGCUUCCACCAUUGUAUACUUCGUGGGAAACAACACGAAUCAUCGCAGCGAAAAAAGAGGGCAUGAUCAAGUCAGAGCAUCUGUAGAAGAAAGCGACUUGAGCUUUCCUUUGUAUGGAUACAAAGGACAGGAUCAUUUCAUGGGACAGUUUGGCUUUAUGGCGGUAGUGGAGUCUCCUUCAGUGGUUCUUAUUGUACCUAAGGAGGAUUCCAAUUCUUCGUCUAUGCGAUUAUUAUCGUCCUUGUUUCAAUGUUGGCCGGUCAUGCUCAUCAACCUGUGCAUUGUUUUUCUUAGCGGGAUCGUCAUAUGGUUUUUGGACUCUUCGAAAAAUCCCGAGGAAUUUCCAAAAUCCUUUUUACAAGGAACUCCUGAAGGAAUUUGGUGGACGUUUAUUACUAUGACAACCGUUGGUUACGGUGACAAGACUCCCAAGUCACCACUUGGUCGUAUCUUUGCUGUGGCUUCAACUCUGAUUGGCCUGGUUACUACUGCUGUGCUGAUAGGCUGUCUGACGUCUUCCCUGACAACAGACAUUGUUUUCACAGAUGUAAGACUGUUUGGGGCGAAGAUCGCAGCUGUACAUAACUCAUCUGAAUUCCGUCUUGGGUUAAAGAAAAAUGCAAAGAUGAACCCAGAUAGAGAAUACAAAAAUCUAGAUGAUCUGCACGAGGCUCUUCGAUCUCGUGAAGUCGAGGGGGCCUUGGUCGAUGCUUUAGUGGCUGGGAGCCGAGGCGAUUUGUUCAAUUCAAGUGAAUUACGUAUCUAUAAAACUCUGCAUCAUUCAUCAGUUUACGGAGUGGUUUUAGCUGGGCAUGCCAAAAAGCUUCAAAAAUGCUUCUCUAAUUUUUUGAAGGAGAACUCUGCAGAAGUUUCUGCACAUGUUGCCUCAAAGACAAAGGUCAUUAAGAUUUCAGCAGAAAGUGCGGCUGUGGAACAAGCAAUGAAUUUGUUUCAUCCUAAAAACGUUUUAUUCCAAGACUCUCUCUGGUGGAGUCUGAAAGUGUUAGCCUUCCUGACAGUAUGCGGUCUGACCUGGGAGAUAACAAGAGCUAUGCGCAUUUCACGACAACGUCGUGUCCAUCAUCAAAACGAUGAGAUGAUUGGCUCACGCAAGAAACAGCGAUUAGAAUUAGAAACUACAGUAACUGAAUUCUACAACAAUGCAAGGGAAAUUUUCAGACGAUUUUCGAUCAAACACAGAGAGGAAAGAAGGCAGUUAGUGAAACAAACCAAGCAAAUGGCGAGGAGGUACGAUGGAAAGUACGCUUGGAUUAAACCGUGACUGGUGCAUCGGAAGUGACGCAGGAGUCCAACGGGUGCGAUACCAUUGUGGGCUACGUAUGCGCGUUGCCUGGUGACAAUCUCCGCAGGUCACAUUUAUGAUUGUUCCCGUUUGAAAAUACUUCGAUUAAGAGGCUAACGAAUUUAAUCAAACGCAGGAGGGAGAGUAUCGCAACUCGAAUACAACACAUUUUCUGUAUUUCUUUGUAAUCAAUAAAAAUAUGGAUUUGUGUGGCUCAA